CCUUCUGUUGGAGCUCUGCGCCCUGUGAGCCUUGCAUACCUAGGUUGACAAGCGAUAUAUCUUCGAGGGCUGUGAUAUAAAAGAAGAGCCGAUAUCCACAUCCACAUUCACAUCCCACAUCCCACAGUCCCUGUUCAUUUUCAUCUUCAGCUGUUUUCACUAUUACACCACGAGUCUGAGAUGCCUGCACCGGUUCUUGACGAUGGGGUGGCCAUUGCCCUGGCUGCCGAGAGCAAUGGCACGGCGAUUCCGGCGCCUUCAAACGGGAUAAGUGCCGACGAGAUCGCGCUUUAUGAUAGGCAAAUCCGGCUCUGGGGCAUCCAGGCGCAGGAGAGGAUCCGCAACGCCAACGUGCUCCUAAUCACCAUGAAGGCGCUGGCCAACGAGAUCGCCAAGAACCUCGUCCUGGCCGGCAUCGGGUCGCUCACCAUCGUGGACCACGAGGACGUGACCGAGGCGGACCUCGGCGCGCAGUUCUUCCUCUCGGCGGAGGAGGGCCACGUUGGCACGAACCGCGCUCUCGCCGCCAGCGCCGCCAUCCGGCGGCUCAACCCGCGCGUGGCCGUGCACGUCGACACGGCGGACAUACGGUCCAAGGGCCCCAGCUUCUUCGCACCCUUCGACAUCGUUAUCGCCACCGACCUGGACCCCAACACGCUCAAUGUGAUCAACACGGCCACGCGGCUCAACAAACGGGCCUUCUACGCCGCCGGGUCGCACGGCCUCUUCGGCUUCAUCUUCGCCGACCUGAUCGAGCACGACUACGUGAUCGAGCGGGCGCGGUCCAACAUGCCGACGGCGGUCGGGCCCGAGACCCACACGCGCUCCGUCGUCGCCGUGUCGGCCAAGCAGGACGACGACAAGGUCGAGCUGGUGACCAAGCGGGAGCUGUACAGCACCUGGUUCCUCGCCUCGGACGCCGCGGGCCUGCCACGCGAGAUCACGGCCUCGGCGCGCCGCAAGCGCGCCGUCACGCCCGCCCUCAGCUGCCUGCGCGCGCUCUGGUCCUUCGUCCAGGAGACGGGCCGGCCGCCCAGCCACAGCCGCGAGGACCUGACCAGGUUCACCAUGCUGGUCAACGAGAAGCACAAGGCGCUCGGCCUGCCGUCCGAGACGCUGCGCAGCGAGCUCCUCCGCAGCUUCAUGCAGAGCAUCGGCACGGAGGUGGCGCCCGUCACGGCCGUCCUGGGCGGCCAGCUCGCGCAGGACGUCAUCAACGUGCUCGGCCGCGCCCAGCAGCCCAUCCAGAACAUGGUCGUCUUCGACGGCAACACCAUGGAGGCUACCGUGUAUCCGCUCCAUCCCGAGGGCGACCUUGGGUACAAGCUGCUCCUCACCGUCUCCGCACCCGACGCGAUUCCUCCUGAACUGUGGCAGCAGCAGCAGCAGCCGCCGCAGCAGCCGCAGGAAUGAUGGACGACAAUCUAAUUACUGGAGGUUCGGACGUGAGAAGAGGGAGGGGGGGAUGGGUGGCUCGAGAUAGAGAUGGAGGACAAAAAACGGGGACGAAGAAAGGGGCCUGGAUAGCGAGCAGUGCUUCUGGCUUGCCCGCCGUCGAAACCAGCAGGGUCAUAACAGUCAUGAGACCGGGGAGGAAGUAUUUGUAUUAGGGCAAACACCCACUCCCUUUUUCCCCUUACAUUCAGGACGAUAUGAUCCCUCGUCAGUCGGCGUUAGUUGGUUGCUCUGGGGGCAGCUUAAAGCCCCGGUACCUUAGAUGGACACCAAAACGAAGGGCGGUGGGGGGAAAAUACCAAAAAGUCUGAUUAUCGCAACAACACUUUUGUGUCCGAACCGAUACAUUUACACGU